CUUUCAACUAUGAGCAACCAUAUUUUUAUGGGGGGAGGAGAUUUUGAAGGAUGAUCGAGAAAAAGGUUGGGAAAUUGGAGGAGGACCCAACCAACCGAAUCAAAACAAUGUAUGUAACCGGUAAAAAAGAGAAAUUUUGCAUUAAUGGCGGAUUUAAUUAAAUCUUAUUGGAGUGGAGGAGGGCGUUCAAGUGGAGGGAAAAAAGUCAGCUUCGAUUCACGGAUUUUCAAACCAUUUUCAGAUCAGAAAAGAGAAGAGCCUGAAGCAGAAAGAAGCAAAGCAAUCGCCAUUGCCAAUCGCCCCUUCACAUUUUUCAGACCUUACUUUUUCAAAAAGCCCCGAUUUCAACUUUCCAAUAACCCCAUUUCCAUUUCCAUUUUCCCUACGAUGCUUCCCCAAAUUUAGCUCUCGAAAUCAGUAGAAAAACCUCCGCCCAAGCCCAAGUUGCUGCCUCCUUCGAAACCCAAAACCUGCUUCUGGGUUUUCUCCCAAUUCCGGAAAUGGCUACUAAAGAAUCGAGCUCUGCCACUGCCGCAGAGGGGAAGAUUAAAGGGGCUCUCACCCAUGGCGGCCGAUAUGUGCAGUAUAAUGUGUACGGUAACUUGUUCGAGGUUUCGGCGAAGUAUGUUCCUCCUUUGCGACCCAUCGGUAGAGGUGCUUAUGGCCUUGUCUGUGCUGCUGUGAAUUCAGAAACACAUGAGGAGGUUGCCAUCAAGAAAAUUGGAAAUGCAUUUGAUAAUAUUAUUGAUGCGAAGAGGACGUUGAGGGAAAUUAAGCUUCUUUGCCACAUGGAACAUGAGAAUAUUAUUGCCAUCCGAGACAUCAUACGACCACCAAAACGAGAGGUUUUUAACGAUGUGUAUAUUGUUUAUGAAUUGAUGGACACUGAUCUUCAUCAAAUAAUUCGUUCUGACCAAUCACUGACAGAUGAUCAUUGCCAGUACUUUUUGUAUCAGUUAUUGCGUGGGCUGAAAUACGUGCAUUCGGCAAAGGUGUUACACCGUGAUCUCAAGCCAAGCAACCUGCUUCUGAAUGCAAAUUGCGACCUUAAAAUUGGAGACUUCGGAUUGGCAAGGACAACUUCUGAAACUGACUUCAUGACUGAAUAUGUGGUUACUCGCUGGUACCGAGCCCCGGAAUUGCUCCUCAAUUGUUCGGAGUACACUGCUGCCAUUGAUGUUUGGUCUGUUGGAUGCAUACUUGGUGAGAUAAUGACCAGAGAACCUCUGUUCCCAGGAAAAGAUUAUGUUCAUCAGCUCAGACUUAUAACUGAGCUGCUAGGAUCACCGGAUGAUGCCAGUCUAGGAUUUCUCCGAAGCGACAACGCCCGGAGAUACGUUAAGCAGCUGCCACAGUACAGGAAACAACAAUUCUCCACUAGAUUUACAAACAUGUCCCCAGCUGCCCUGGAUCUUCUAGAAAAGAUGCUUGUUUUCGAUCCCAACAAACGCAUCACAGUUGAGGAGGCACUUUGCCAUCCGUACUUGCAAUCCCUUCACGACAUCAACGAUGAACCGGUCUGCGCCAGACCUUUCAAUUUUGAUUUCGAGCAACCGUCGUGCACUGAAGAGCAUAUUAAAGAACUCAUCUGGAAAGAAUCUGUGAGGUUCAAUCCUGACGAAUCAGCCAGGAGGACAACUCUUUGCGUUUGACAUGAUCUAGACGAUGCUGGAAAUUGGACACUUCUUUUUUCUUUUUCCCUGAAUAGGAUUUACUCUCAUCAAGUAGAUAAGGACAGCAGUUAAACUUUGUAUGCUUACCAAUAUAAAUUGGAGUCCUCUAUUGUACAAGGAAUGCUGAUUUCUGUGAGGGAAUUUGGGGGGUYCCCAGAAUCAUGCCAAACCCCAAUAACUUAGGCUUUAUAUGACUGAACGAACUUGAAGAAACUAAAGAAAAAGACCGAAAAAUGAAUCGAAAAAUGGGGUAGAGUGUAUUAGGUAUUGGGAGAUUUUGGAGCAAAUAUUGUGGAUGCUUGUACUUUCCAUGGAUCUGAACUAAGAAAUAAAGUGAAGGGUGUAAUUUUAGAGAUGGUA